AUGGCGAGCACGGCCAAAACCACAAACUCGGGAAUCGUGACCGACGACAGCGGCCAGCGGCACAUCCCCGAGUCGACGCGCGCCGACGGCAGCACGCGCAAGGCCAUCAAGAUUCGCCCCGGCUACCGCCCGCCCGAGGACGUGGAGCUGUACAAGAACCGCACCGCCGAGGCGUUUCGCAACCGAGGCAAGGGCGGCGGCAUCCCCGGCGCCGAGGGGCUCAAGGACGACGAGAACAAAGACGCAACGACCUCGGCUGCCGCAUCUGCCGCCAGCCUCAAGAACGCAAAGAGGCGCGAGGCGAGGAAAAAGGCCAAAGCUGCCGAGGAGGAGGCGGGCAAGGCAGAGGAGCCUGCCGCUGGUGCCGCCAAUGGGGACGCCAAGCCGGUCGCAGAAGCUGUGGAUCCCGAGGUUGAGAAGGAGAAGAAGAUUAGAAAUCUGAAGAAGAAACUCAAGCAGGCAAAGGAGCUGGAGCAGAAGAAGGAAGGCGGCGGUAGCUUGCUGCCCGAGCAGAUUGCCAAGGUUAUCAAGAUCAACGAGUUGAUCAGGGAGCUGCAGUCUCUUGGCAUCGACACCGAGGACGGCAAGAAGGAGGACCGCCAGGGGUCACUUUUAUAA